AUGCCAGAAACAAUCCCAAAGAGGCCAUGGCUUCUUUCGAUUCGGUCGUCUGAGCGUUUCAUCGUCAUGGUUGUCACCAUGGCCAUGACUACUGAUGUCCUUCUGUACGGUCUGAUCAUCCCGAUCAUUCCAAAGUCUUUGGUCGCACGCGCAGGGGUUCCCGAAGAGGAUGCUCAAUAUUGGAUCUCGAUUUUGCUUGCGGUUUACGCCUGCGCCCUUUUGAUUGGAUCUCCCGUGAUCGGAUAUGUAUCGGAUCAUGUUCGAUCGCGUCAGCUUCCAUUCGUUCUUGGUCUUGCAUCUCUAGCCAUAUCAACUGGCCUGUUUGCUCUCGCGAACUCUCCUGUCACUCUGGUUAUCGCGCGAGCGUGUCAAGGUCUAUCGGCCGCCACUGUAUGGGUAGUCGGUCUGGCCAUGCUUGUUGAUAACGUUUCUCCGGAACGUAUGGGUGAAGCGAUGGGCAACACCAGUAUUGGCAUGACACUAGGCUCCCUCCUUGGCCCGAUGCUUGGUGGUGUAACAUAUGAGGAAUUUGGAUAUUAUGGCGUUUUCAUUCUGCCUACUUUGAUGAUCGUCCUGGAGAUCGUGCUGAGACUAGCUAUGAUUGAGAAAUCUACUGCCAAAAAGUGGGAUGAAAAUGCCAUCAGAUUCAAGAAUACUUCCCAAGAGACUUUUCCCAAUGGUUCUCCUUGUACGGAUUGCGAAAACGAACAGUCACCUCUCUUGGGCCGGUCAUCCUCCAGUAGCACUUCUGCAUGCGUCAGGAAUGGCAGCAAAGCCCCUAUUCUACACUUGCUAGCCUCUCCGCGCUUGCUUACUUCGUUGCUUAUCACCGCCAUGGUCGGUUUCACACUCGGGGUUGUAGAGACGACCAUUCCAUUAUAUGUCAUGGACACCUUCCGGUGGUCUUCUAAAGGGGCAGGCUUGAUCUUCCUAGCACUUUCACUCCCCAGUCUUACCGGAGGCUGGGUCGGAAGAACGCUGGAUCGCAUGGGCACCCGUGGCGCCGGAUUUGGCGCCUUGCUUGUCACUGGAAUUGCCCUCUUUUUCCUUCGCUUCGUCCAGCAUGACGGCGAUACGGAUAAAGCCCUCUUGGUGGGAUUACUCGUCGUUAUUGGCUUCACUGUCCUGAUCAUCCAGAUUAUUUCAAUGACCGAGGUGUUUCAGGUCAUUCAAGUGUUUGAGGAGAAAACCCCCGGUAUAUUUGGUGACAAGAGCCCAAUGGCGCAGGCAUAUGCUCUCUUCAACAUGGCUACGGCCACUGGGCAACUCGCUGGUCCUCUUGUUGGGGGACUAAUUCGUAUUCACGUGGGUUGGGCGGGAAUGACUUUGACCAGUGCUAUUCUCUGCUUAUUGGUCGCAGUUUCCGUUGGACGCUACGCUGGAUCUUCUAGGCCAAAAAGAGAAGAUAAACAGUCCACUGAAUACCAUGUUGAGGUUUGA